CUCGGGCGCGAUUUUGCAACGCGGGACGAGGUUCCUGUGGGCGCUCGCAGGUCAGUUCGGACGACCCGCUGCGAAGAGGAGGAAACUUAUCACCUUCUUCACGUCGAACUGUACCUCUCGCGGAUACUUCUGCACAAUAACAAUCCGAGCCUUCUUGGAAAUGAAGGUCGUAUUCACGCCUGACUGAAAAGCGGAUCUAUUUAUGACUUCUACUGUUUUUUUUAAACCAUCCAUCAGAUUGACUUCUUACAGUUUUUUGGCGGAUCGAUUGAGAAGAUGGCCGACAACAAGCAGCCGAACGUUAUUUUCUGCAACGAUUCACCCAAAAGAGUUUUGGUGUCCGUUAUCAAGACCACGCCGAUCAAGCCCAGGAAAUCGGAGGCCCUGACGCCGACGAGUCCCGGCUUCAGCGACUUCAUGGUGUACCCGUGGAAAUGGGGGGAGAACGCCCACAAUGUGACUCUCAGCCCGGGCUCGUUGAGCGGGGCUUCGUCGCCGACCGGCACCCAGACGGCCCAGGAGGCGGACGCGGAUCCCACGGCCGACCAGAUCAGGGACGGCAUCCGGCGAGGACGUCCUCGGGCCGACACGGUCCGGGAGCUCAUAAACGAGGGGGAGACCUCGUCCAGCCGAAUUCGCUGCAACAUCUGCAACCGGGUGUUUCCCAGAGAGAAGUCGCUUCAGGCUCACAAGAGGACACACACAGGAGAGCGGCCCUACCUGUGUGACUACCCCAAUUGUGGGAAGGCGUUUGUCCAGAGUGGCCAGCUGAAGACGCACCAGCGGCUGCACACUGGGGAAAAGCCCUUUGUCUGCUCCGAGAAAGGAUGUGGUAAUCGGUUCACCCACGCCAACCGCCACUGUGCCAAGCACCCGUUCUCCCGGCUGAAGAGAGAGGAGCCGAAGGAGGGCCAGGGCACGGCUCAGUCCGUGGACAACAAGGCCGUGGCCGAGUGGCUGGCAAAGUACUGGCAGACCCGUGAGCAGCGCGCGCCCACCACGCCCACCCCCGCCCCCAAGAUGAAGGCCCGGGCCGAGGACCAGGAGCAGCAGGAUCCCAUGGAGUUCCUCCAGUCCGACGAGGAGGACAAGGAGAAGGCGGAGGAGAAGGGCGGCCACGGAGGAGCCGCGAAGCGCCGCCUCCAGGAGCAGCGGGAGCGUCUCCACGGGGCUCUGGCGCUCAUCGAGCUGGCAAACAACCUGUCUCCCUGAACGGCCGCCCGGCCUCGCCUUCCUGCAGUAUGUGCUGUAGCUAGAAAGUGUUCAUCGACGCAGAUUCAUGACUAGUUUAGUUUUCUACCACCGAGUUGUGAAAUCAGACUUUUGAGAGCGCGCUGAAUUGGCCUGAGAUCCGUGUUCUGCACAACCUCAUCGUCCACCCAACCCGCGCCCCCCCACCCCCUCCCACGGCACCAGGAAGGCACAAGCUAAAGCACCUUAUUCAGCUUCCAUUUUAUCCUUUUAUUAGGCUGCUAUAAUUGUAGAUUUGACUAUAUGAAGAAUGUCUUUUUUUUAUUCGAAUGUCUUCUAAAGGCAAAGAGAGAGUACCGAUUAUGUUUUAAUCUGUUGUGUUUGCACUUUGAUGGGUAACAAGUUUGUGUUGAGUGUAACAGAGUGUACGACUGACGUGUAUAUGGACUGGGCUCUGAUGGGGAGGGUGCUGCAGCGUGUGGUCAAACAUAGGAAAUGUUAAAGUGGCAUUCCGGCUGUCCAGACGGCCUCUCAUCUUGCUCCCGGGUUUCAUCUGCAGCGCUGACGGGGAAACUGCACUGCCGCCACCGUGGCGGACGGAAUGGACUGAGAGGAACCUUUUUUAAGCCGAGGUGGAUUGAAGGGAGACGAGAGCCCGGCGAGCCCGAUUGUUGCGGCGUGUGCUUUUUCUUUUUUUUACGUGUGAAUGAGAGGUGAUCAUUGCAAGCCUAAUCCAGAGGGCCGGCGAAGCAGAAGCUACCGAGAUAAUCCAAAACCCGUGACGGCUUCACCACUUUAAUCAUGAUGUUCACACAACGGCAUCUGUAUGACAGUGCCGUGCCAGUGGCGCAGAGGGAAAGUUCAGCUGUAAUAUCUUACAGAUUUAGGGCAGUAAUCCAAACUCAAAUGCCUACAGUCCCUUUGAUUCCGUCUUAACAGCUGUUUUCCAUCUAUGUACCAAAAUCGCUGGUAAAAAAAGGAUGGAAAGUUUAUAGCGGAUGACGUUAACCACCUUUUAUAUUAAAAGAUGUGAGACCCGUUGCGAUACUAGAGUGUGGAAGAUCCCUGUCAUCCAGUUUUAAAACCUUAAAUUAUAUUUAUCUACUUAUUUUAUGUCUUUAUUCCUAACAUUUUUGUUGGUCUUUGAGAGCCCUGAGAGUGUUUUGGCAACAACAAAAAAAUCACAUGCAUUUAGACGACCCGUUUAUUUAGCACUUACACCCGUAGAUCCUGGAUUAAGCUUGCAAUGCACUGAGGAGUAAAUUGGUUGUAUUGGUUGUUUUUAGCGCAGGGUGAUUUUCUAUUCUUUGUUCAUUUUUUUUUUUAGAGCAACACUACAUCUUUCAACACUGUAAGAAGCCUCUCAUCACAUCCCGGUCACUCUGGCCCUUUGACAUUUGACUCGCAUGGAUUUACGGUGAAACUGGAAAGCAAGAGAAAUGUGGAUAAUCAAGACGCCAAAUGAUUUAUUUUUUACCCAAUUAUAGUAUAUUUUUGAGCAUUUCUAACCUGUAGUUUUGUGGUUUGAGAAGAUUAUGGCAUUUAAUAUAUAAAUAUAUAUUCACAUUAUGUUAGAAUAUCGAGUGUGCACAAUUUACAGGAGAGCUCUGAGGUUCAAUUUUAGUUUUCAGUUUUCCCCUCCGCUAACAGCCCCCAACAGUUGCCAUGUUUUUGACAUAUGUAGAGUGACCCUGCUUGCUUGGUAGACAUUUAAUUACACAUGUUAAUAGGUAAGAUCUCUCUGAGCGGCUGUCAACACUGUUAUACAAUUGUUGGUUUUCAAUAAACAUUCACCCAUCCUGACUCAUAA